CCGCGCGCUCUAUUCUCGGAGAUGGAAUUACGAGCAAUGCGUUGGUUCGCAAUCAAGAAUGGGGUCGAGACGUUACCAACAGUCAAACAAGUCAAGUACCGGCGCUCCAACAUCAUCGACAAUGCAGGUGUGGCCUCACAUACGAGAGAGGGCCGGCUUGGUCAUCUAUACACUGUAAAUGACUGGAAAGCGAUCCUCCAACAUCAGGAGAUGGCCAAUCCUCUCGUGCGACUGCACCUCCAAUUCUAUCCACAAGAUUCCUGGCCUCGCCUGUCAGAAGCAUGUCAAGCUGCGCGAUGGCGAUACGAAAUCGAUGGGAACUUGGCAUCACCAAUGGCUCGCAGCAAUGGAAAAGAUUACUUCGUAGAGGAGGUAUGUAUG